GGCCUUAAAGAUUGUUCCCAGCGAACCGUGCCUGCCUCACGGAUGGACAGAAGUGACACCUGUGAUUGCCAGCAAAGGCCCUGAGACCACAAAGCCGCCCGUUGGAUGGCGCUUGCUGGAGCUGCCCACUGCGGGCUCUUGCCCUAGGGAUCCUGGACGUGUGCGCAGGACUCCAGGCCGGGAAUAUGCUGAGUUCCAUCAAGUGCGUGCUGGUAGGGGACAGCGCUGUGGGGAAAACCUCCCUGCUGGUGCGCUUCACCUCCGAGACCUUCCCGGAGGCCUACAAACCCACGGUGUACGAGAACACGGGCGUGGACGUCUUCAUGGACGGCGUACAGAUCAGCCUGGGUCUCUGGGACACGGCUGGCAACGAUGCCUUCAGAAGCAUCCGGCCCCUGUCCUACCAGCAGGCAGACGUGGUCCUGAUGUGCUACUCGGUGGCCAACCACAGCUCCUUCCUGAACUUGAAGAACAAGUGGAUCGGCGAGAUCCGGAGCAACCUGCCCUGCACCCCGGUGCUCGUGGUGGCCACGCAGACUGACCAGCGGGAAAUGGGGCCCCACAGAGCCUCCUGCAUCAACGCCAUCGAAGGGAAGAAACUGGCCCAGGACGUGCGAGCCAAGGGCUACCUGGAAUGCUCGGCCCUGAGCAACCGGGGCGUGCAGCAGGUGUUUGAAUGCGCGGUCCGAACUGCCGUCAACCAGGCCCGCAGACGGAAUAGGAGGAGGCUCUUCUCCAUCAACGAGUGCAAGAUCUUUUAACCCCCAAGACACUGGGCCAAUGCUCACGAGCUCACCCCAGAGACCACGGGGAGAGCGCUAGGAUACAAGCCAGAAAGGUUGGAGUUCUUUCUGGGCACAUCUGAAGCAGUCUUACCUUGUGGAUACAGGGCUGAGGAGGCGGGCCACUGGCUUACCUUUCCUCACCUCACUGGGCUUGGCCCAGCACAACCAGAGAGAUUCCUUAGGGAGCCCUAGGAAUAGUCCAUCUUCAAAUCCAAACUAAAAUGGCCUUCCUAAUUUGGACAAUAAAGUCAGCUUUCCAAGUAUUCCUUAUUUAAAGACACAUUUUUUUAAUUUAAAUAAAAAGGUAGCUGGUGUAUAUAAUUGGUUUGGG